AUGGCAACCACUAAAAGAUCGGCCAAGAAAAUAAAAGCAGGACCGACUAAAGUAAGUUUGUCUCAUACUAUAAGUUGAUACUGUUAUAAACUGCCACAUUAUUUAUAGAAAUCGACAUUUUAUUUUUGUUAUCAUUUCUUUCAGGACGAAAUCGGAGACACCCCAGCCGACUUUAUAGCCGUGGCAGCUCGAGUCACUUCUUCAUCAGCACGGCACGUUCAGUUCGAAUCCGUAAUGAAUACGUCCCGUCUAGCGAUGACCGCCUUCAUGGAGCUACGCGACAAAGACGACGGUCGACUACCAGUACCAGUCUUGGACAAGAAGCGAAUCAAGUUGAGUACGAAGAUAUCCGGAGACAAAGACUUUUACAACGCCACCUAUCUGUCGCUGAACAACGAGGACUACAUCAUAGCACAAGGACCACACAAGGACAAUGUGGGACAGAUGUGGCGGAUGGUGUACCAGGACGGCUGUCAGUUGGUGGUGUGCACGGUGGAUGAGAAGUCGUUCUCAGACUCCGAUCGUGCCAAAGUUUUCAACUUCUUCCCCUCAGGCGAAGGCAAAAGCGUACAGUUCUUGGGAUCACGCUACACCGUGAAGUGCAACAAGAAGCAGGAUCAAAAAGGUUUCGUCAUCUACGAUCUGACAUUAACAUCCACCGAUCAGUACGAACGAAAUGAAGAAGCCGAGAAGGAAGGAGAUGAUAAGACAAGAUCAAUAACUUUGAUUCAUGUUUAUGAUUGGAAGAACGAUCAAUGGCCGAAUUUGGACAUGCUAGCCACCGUGCUAAAGGCGACCUGGGAGGCGGAACAAAAGAUUGUGAAGAAUGUCAGUGAUGAAUAUAUACCACCGGUCGUUUUUGUGGGACAUCAUGGAGUCAACCGGUAGGUUAUUGAAGUGUUUUUAAAAUUUUUAAAUUUGCCAAAGUUAAAACCAAAAAAUUCAAAAAUUUUUCUUUCAGCUCAUGCGCAAUGUGGGUGAUGUUAAUGACAUCAAAGCAGUGCGAACGCCGCGAUUCGUUCGAUAUCGACCAAAUAAUGAAGCAGCUGGUUCGAGUACGACCUGGUGCUUUCAACGAUAGAGCGACGUUUUUUGUCACGUACGCUAUGGCAUUCAAACUGGCUAUGAGUAGUGGUUGGAUGACCAGUGAGGUGAGAAACAAUAUUAUUUUUGAGAUUUAAAGUUUUGAAAUGGUAAAAAACGUUUGGAAUAUGAUGGAAAAUAGAAACAGGAUUAGUUACAACCUAUUUUUGUUUUGUCGGUCUAUAAGUUUAGGGAAAACGGCACGGUGCAAUGAUUUUUGGCUUGAGAAGCAGAAAAAUUUUAAAAUAUAAGGCUGUUCAAAAAAUUCUGCGCCCCUUGGAAAACAAAUUCUUGGAGUGAGAGGCACAGAAUUAUGUAAACAUCUAUAUAUUAAGUUGUUCAAAAAAUUCUGAGCCAUCUUUCAAAGCAAAUCUUCGGGAUUAGGUGGCGUAGAACUUUUUAAACAACCUGAUAUACUUUGCACAGUGCAAAAGUGUCAUAUCUUUUUUGAGAAAACUUUUGAAAAUAUGAUUCUUGUGAUAGUAGAAGACUACAUAAUCAAUAAAAUUUUAAUUUUUUCAUUUUCAGGAAGGAAAACAACGAGUAUCGGAUAUUCAAGACGGCUACAAGAAGUUGGCCAAAUAA